UUAUUACAUCACCAAGAUCAUGGUUGAGUCAUCACACACAAGGCUUAAAAUUUACUUCCUACUUUUCAUCCCUUUAAAUACUACCUCUUAACAAUACAAAGGGACUGAUCUAAACAAGUGAUCAUAGCUUCCUUACCCGACAAUUCUUCUUUCAACAAAACACAACCUUAUUAAUCAUUCAACAUGCAGACCUCAUUUCUUCACGAGCUAAUUGUUGGAACUCCAAUCAUGUAUGACCAGUUUCAAAAGUCAAAUAACAGAUACUUACUUGAUUCUGCCUCUCAUCAAUCUCAAUAUCCAUCCAAACAUCAAAGCAUAUGUAGAGCAAGUUGUAACCAGAAAAAGCGCAGCAGGAAGGGCGAUAGUAAUUCUGAAAUUUCAGGGACACUAAGGACAAACAUAACGGAAACUAUUAAAAGGAAGUUGAGCUUAGGGGCUCAAAUUCUUCAAAUGGGCGGAGUGGAGAAAGUGUUCAUGCAAUAUUUUAGUGUGAUUGAGGGGGAGAGGUUGUUGAAAGUUUGCCACUGUUAUCUGUCGACAACAUCUGGCCCUCUAGCUGGUCUCCUCUUCAUCUCCACUGAAAAGGUUGCCUUUUGCAGCGAGAGAUCAAUAAAAGUGUUUAAUCAGAAAGGACAAAUGUGUAGGAUACGCUAUAAGGUUUCUAUUCCAGUGAAGAAGAUAAAGAGUGUGAGGCGAAGUGAAAAUGUUGAGAAGCCAAGACAGAAGUACAUAAAUAUAGUUACAGUUGACAAUUUUGAUUUCUGGCUUAUGGGCAUAUCGAAAUAUCCUAAGACUUAUAAAUAUCUAGAACAGGCAACUUCUCAAGCGGUGAUAUACAGAAAGCAAUGAAAUGACAGCUGUAAUUGGAGAUAUGCUUCGAGGACAAAACAUCUCACUCAAGAUUGAGCAUUGAUAACUGAUGCACUUGGUUCAUUCAUAUCAACUCAUAUGCAAACUUGGCUAUCAACACAUUGUUGAUAAAGUUGUUGAUGCAAGAGACCAUUUGGUGCAUUCAUAUUAGGAAAAGGUACCCGUUGAUCCAUAGAGAGAGGUCUAUUUUGAGUACAAUUUUCCACUCUCAAGAACAUCAUACCUAUUUGCUUUCAAACAACACUUCAAUCCCUAAUUGUGUGUGAAGAUAUGUUUGAUUAAACAAAUAAUAAUGAAAUUAGUUUUUGUCAUCUGAUAUUGAAUAUCAUUGCAUAUUUUAACAGAAAUGUGCCCCAAAUUCAAGAAACGACUAACUUUUCUAAAA